AUGAAGCAUUAUCGUUCUGAAUUAUCCAUAACUAUUGAUACAUUUCAAUCAGUGAAAGAUAUUCAAUUUCUUCCAUGUAAUGACUUUCUCUUCCAUGUAAUAAAUAUAGUAUCCAUAUGGUCGGAAGAUAUUGUAGCUGCGAAGAAUUUAGCAUUAUCUAUCAAUAAUGACAUAGUAUUCAUAAAUACAUAUAUGGAUUUCGGUGGUGGUACUCUACUUUGGAUUUAUAAACACCUAUCUUUACAUCAUCUAAAUAAUGAAUUUAUGAUGAAAUCCAGUACGAAUUUAGUACAUUUAUCAUCUGUUGUAAAAAUAAACGAUAUUUCUGUUGGUAAUCUUUUUUAUGAUGGUGCUUGGCAAAAACCCAUAAAGGGCAUGUAUUGGAAACAUAAUGACAGUCUAUGGGCAAAUGCAACACAGUCCGAUAUAAAAAAAUGCUAUCAAUCUGCUAAGAAAGGAUUCAAAACUUGGAGUAAUAUGUCUAUUAAUGCUAGAAUACAAAUAUUAUCUAAAUUUAUGCCCAUAUUAAAACUUACUGGAAAAGUUAUAAUAGCAACUAUAGUAGAAAGAUGGAUAAAAUUUCCAUAUCUCUUCGAAAAUAUACAAGGAUACAUUGAAAAUAAAAUGACAGAAAUAUUGUUUACUCGUAAGCCAUUAGGUGUUAUUAUCAUACUUAGAGAGGAAAAUGAAAACAUUUUGUUUUUUCGAUUGAUGCAAAUUUUAAUUAGUGGCAACUCUGUCAUUGUAAUAUUUGAUGCAAACUUCUGUAAUCCGUCAUCAUAUUAUGACAUGUUUUCGAGAUGUGAAAUACCUCCAGGUGUUAUAAAUUUAUUGUCACAUGAAAAUAUAAGUUCGCUGGAAUCUAAAUUAUGUUUAGAAGAUUAUACAACCUAUGCAAGUAGAUAUUUCUUGAAAGGCACUUCGGUAGAUACAUAUUUUCUCCCAUUUAUAAAACUUACUACACAAAGACGAAUUAUGAUCCCUUUUCGAUAA